AACGUCUAGAGAGAAGCCACAGAGCUUGUCUAAGUUCACAACUCGGGCCUGGAAAAACGCAUUUGGCCAGGAGGGAACUGGAAAAGAUAAAUCUGAAGUAAUGGCUGAAGCAAUACCACUGCGAGAAAAGAAACAGAAAACUCUCCCUCGGUCGGAUGGGUGUGGUCUGAAUAACGUUGACGCUCUGGAUUCGUCCGGAGCGCUGCGGAUCGUCCUGGUGGGCAAGACAGGAUCCGGCAAGAGUGCAUCCGGAAACACCAUCCUAGGAAGAGCCGCCUUCAAAGAGGACCCGAGCCCCGAGUCCGUGACCAAGCGCUGCGAGACGCAGAGCGGGGAAGUGGACGGCACCGCGGUCCAGGUGAUCGACACUCCGGGUCUGUUUGACACGGGCAUCUCGGAGGAAGAUUUAAAAACCAGAAUCGAGGAGUGUGUCAAGAUGUCGGUGCCCGGCCCUCACGCCUUCCUGCUGGUGAUCCGGCUCGGGGUGCGCUUCACCGAGGAGGAACGGAACGCCGUCAAGUGGAUCCAGGAUAACUUCGGAGACGACGCCUCCAUGUACACCAUCAUGCUGUUCACGUGCAAAGAUCAGGCCAAGGCCGACAACGCCCUGAAGGAGUGCAAAGAGCUGCGGAGACUGUCCAUCACGUUUGGACGCAGGUACCACGCGUUCAACAACAACGACGCCGAGGACCAGAUGCAGGUCAAGGAGCUGGUGACCAUGGUCAAGGAAAUGAUCCAGGACAACGGCGGGAAACACUACACCAACGAGCUGUACGAGAAGGCCCAGAGGAAGCUGAGGGAGGAGGAGGAGCGGAAGCAACAAGAGGAGGACGAGAAGAAAGAGGAGGAGAAGAAGAUGUGGGACGCCGAGAGGGAGAAGAACGAGAAGGAGAGGGAAAAGGUGAAAAGGGUUAAAAGGAAGAAUAUCCGCGUGGCCUCGGCCGCCGCCGUUUUGUUGGUGGCGGCCGGCGUGAUUAUAGCCGUGGGAGCCGACACCACGGUGGCGUUGGCUCUGGGCGCGCCGGUGCUCGUCUUGGCCGUGCUUUGUGGUUGCGCCGCCUUUUGCUUAUGGAAGGGCAUAAGAUGCAAAUCCAAAGCUCAUGUUCCCGUGUGAAAUAUGUGGGAGGCGAGUGGCGAGGACAUCUGCAGGAUGUGACCCUGAGUGGAAGCACACAUUACCGUUGACUGUUUCCAGCUCAUCGGUGAAUGGUGUCGUCAUGGCCUGUUUCUGCAUUCUGCUCCCAACAGUAUUACGUUUUGACGCAACAUUGCAAUGACAGAAUAAUGUGAUUUGAAUGCUGACAGUAAACAAACGGUAUGAAAUGG